AUGCACGGAGUUAGUUGGGAAGAUGAGCUUGACCCUGAGCUCCGGCGAGGUGGUUCCGUGGAGAGCCAUGGCCACGAGACAUGGGAUCGGCCAUAUUCUUCCGAUGAUUAUAACCACCUAAAAGGCUACUCUGAUCCGCGCAUGGAUAAUACCACUUACCGGGAGUUCGAUGGCGCCCAUCAUGACUCCUACCUCUCACCACGGACGCCUCCGGGAGUGAGUGAUGCGGACUGGCACGAGGCGACUGAGGAAUUGGCACAUCUGGGCGUCGGAGACCUGCGCUCAGGCUCAGACCCGAUCGAUUCUUAUGGCCAUCACCAAGAUCCCUACAACAGUUACGACGGUGCCCAUCACGGCUUGUCCGAACCAUCGGCGGGACUCUAUGGCCAGUCCCACUUGGAAUCUGAGGAUUAUCUAGCCGACCAACGGGAUCGUUAUGAGCCGGAUUUCAGAAGAGCAGAGUCUCCGGCUCAUCUCCAUCACACAGAUGACUUAUCAGACCAUCAUCGUUCCUUGCCUUCGCCCUUAGGCUUCAGUCCCGCUCGGCAGUCAUCCGAGCAUUAUAGCCCUGCCCAAUCGGAUUUUGGGCGCCCCGGGUUUGCCGGCUCUGAUUUCAACCCCAGCCGGCGUGACUUCGAUUUUGACUCGCUGAACUAUUCCAACCACCACAAUCCGGAUGACUUUGUAGCCGACGAUCCCUUGCUCUCCCAUCCCGGCGCCGAUGAUUUCAACCCAGGCAUUCAACCUUCGCGGCAUGAACACCUGCUGAGUCCAAGCUCUCACGAUAGUGAUCGGUUAUACCAGGACAAUACUUAUCAACCUCCAUGGAGCCGGCGGGCGAGCGAUGUGAGGUUCGAGGACGGUCACCGUCAUCCGCCAACCAUGACGGAUACGGACUCGCCCGAUCCGCUUGCCUCAGCUUCCGAUUAUACCGACUUCCCUUAUGAUGAAGAUCACCACGCUCAUCAUCAUCCACAUCAUCAUCACCUUCAUUCGCCAAAGAAUGACUAUCGAACUCACGUCGAGAAUGGGCUUUCUAACGCUUUCGGGUCCCCUGAGCUCCAGCGAGCCCAUCGACUGGAUGACUACUACGACCCCCCUCUCGCUGACUUCUCUCAGCGCUCUCCUAUCGGUAAUAGCUCCUUCCUCAAUGGAAAGUCUCGCCAGUCUCCAAGCUUGUCCAGCCCUCUGUUUUCGGCUGCCCGCGGGGCUGAUCCUCUUGACCACCUUAACAGUCACUCCCAUCUGCAUCGUCAUCCAACUUAUUCCGCUCACCAGCAACCACAUCCUCGCGACCAUUACCAGCGCACAGAACCUCAGGGUUACAGGGGGAAUGACUCACAUCAACCUAUGAGCUACCGUUCUGAUCCCGAACGCUCACUGGGCCAUUUAGACACCGAGAAUCAAAGACAUUUCUCGCCGCGAGAUGAAAUUGAACGAAUGAGAGCCCAGCUUGACGAGUCGUUGGCUCGGGAUGCGGCCGUCCUGACCCCACACCGCGCGCCGGAACGUCCACGAUCCAGCUCCUGGGAUCCCACCUUCUCUGAAUCUGGCCAUCGAUCACCACAUCACAGGGCCUUCGAGCCGUCCCCCAUAGCCCCGAUUAACGAAAACUGGUCGCGUCCAACCUUGGAUCGUCCGCUGUCUCGCUCCGGGCUACCAUAUCCCAUAACAUCGAUGGAGGAAACCGCCCUACAUACCACGAUAGAGCGCCCUCGAUCCCGAUCCGGCUUGCUCUACCCAUCGGCCUCGGGUCGUCGAUCCCCAUAUUUAUCUGGUCAUCGGUCGCCUUAUUCAGGACUUUCCAGCGCAGAGGUGAACAUGGUUCCGGUCGGUCGGGAAUCAUUUCUGGAUGCACGGACAAGCACCAGAACUCCGGUAAUGACGGGUGUGAUCCCAGCGCAUCAACACACCGGUAGCUUGCACUAUCACCAGGAUCCUCUGAGAGAUCAAUUACAUCAGAUUAAUGACCUCAACAAUCAUAUUCGGGAUGCUGAAAUUGCUCACGAGCGUGAACGAGCCCUCAUCGAUCGAACGGCCGCCGACUUCGCUCGACAAUCACUCACCGAUGAGCUCCGCCGGUCUGAGAUCGCCCAUGAAAGAGAUCUUGCGCUUGCCGACCAGCGGGCCUCUCAGAUUGGCCAGCAAUCGAUGAUCCAGGCCGUCCGGGAAAGUGAAAUCUACCGAGAUCUCGACCACCAAAGACACCAGCUCGAUCUCGAACGCGCCGAGAUCGCGCGCCAGAGGGAUCGGGUAGAUACGCAGACCCAGCUGGGCAUGAUCGAUCGCCAGCUCCGUGCCAUCGACCGACAACGCGAGAUCGACACUAAUAGACAAAUGGCCAACCUCAGUCGUUUCGGAAACUUGCCGUCCGUCCUUCGGGGGACUUACAAUGGUCGCCCUCUCGCGUCUCCGUAUCUCCAGCAAUCACGCUUCCUUUCUGCGGCACGCCGGUUGUCAGCCCGAGAUAAGCCUCGUCACCAUCAAUCUCCGGUGGUGUUUGAUCAUGUCGACGCAUACUACCGCCUCAUAUCCAACAGCAACUUACCCAGACAGCUGCCCCUAUUCAAAGACCCGUACUACAAUUACGACCCUCUCAGCUCAAGAGAUCCGCUGCGACCGAUCUCCUCCGCCCCUUUAGUCGGCCGGAAUUUGGGGAUGGGCAAUCCGUUUGUCGAUGGGAUUGACUACGAUUACGGAUAUGGGAAGGUGGGCGCGCUGGGCUUGCAGCCCGAGCAUUUUGCACGCGAGCAGGCCUAUGUACUCGAUGACCUCUACCUUUACGAGAUGUUACUGCGGUUGGAUGACAGCAUUGACGAGCUUGAGCGACAGCGCAGAUGGCAGGCCCGGCUUCGAUGGGAGGAGUGGGCCGACAGCCGGUCUAGAGUGCAAGCAUGGAGCCGGAUGUCGGCUGACGAGCGACGGAGGCUUGGCUUGAGUGACGGAUCUUUCUGGGCCUCGAAUCUGUUUGGUAUCCCUCUCGACGCCCGGUUCGGCUACCAGAGCAUCUCCAACCUCUCGGGAUACAGCCCGACUCAUCUUCGCUCCCAUUACCCCCUCAGCUCCCGCCUCUCCUCUCGAUAUCCAAUGUGGAGUCGCGGUGGACUCGGGUUGGGCAGACGGCUUUCCAACUGGUACGAUUACGCUCGUCGGCCUAUCAAGGCUAAGUAUUUCGACCGUCAGGAACAGAUCAGACGCGAGUACGCUCAGCGACGAGGCGAACUCGCACCUGGCUCUAGACUCAGACCUCCCGGCUCGAUGCUUUCUGGAGGCUAUCCUCUCGGUCCAUUGACUGGAUUAGGGACAACAAGAACGCUUGCAGCAGUGCCAAGACAUCUGGAUUGCCGUCACUGA